AUGACAGUAGUCAUUCAAGUUCCCCAGCUCGUUGAGUUCGUACUGUCCAACCCCAAGUUUUUCCCUGGUCUCCACACGACAUCACAGCCCAGGACCUCCACAGGGCUACAGAAUCUAGAUCCUCAGAGGCAGCUUCAAGCUAUAUGGAAUGCCAUGUCCGACUAUCUUCGGGAGGUUCUGGAGUCAGGGAAAGGUGUGAGGAUCGAUCAUAUCGGCGCCUUUGCGUUCGAGCCUGUGGUGGCGCCGUACGGCAACCCGAAGAACUUCCGGUCCUCAGCACUUCAAUUAAGACCAUGCUUCCUACCCGACGGCGGCUUCAAGGCCACCUUGCCAAGGUACGCUGGCAAGGAGGAAACUCCACUCCGCGGUGGAUCUAUCUACCAACAGGGUAUCAAUAUGAUAUACCUCAAUAAAGUCCCUAUUGCUGCUGGUCUGUUCUUGAAGACUCAAGUGGUAGCUGAUGGCAUCAGUGCGUUGUUCAAAGCAGUUAAGGAUCUCAGCUCACGAGGGUACAACCUCGAUCUGGACUUCAAGUUCUGCCGCUGGCAAAUCAUCGAUGGCGAUCUCAAGGUCUCAUUGAUUUGGGUCUUCUCGAGGAGUUCUAACAAGUUCAUUGAUCAGACCAAAUUCAGUCCAAGUCUAGUCAGGGAGGCACAGAAAGAUGCUCGCCAGUGGCCGACAAGGGACGCAUCCGCCAACCCAUUGCCGACGCUUGCACAGGCAUUGGCCGACAAAACGGACCCUUCGAAGCCUCCACAGCCUAUAUCUGCGACAUGGAAGAAUCCUAACGUUUCCAAGGCUAUGACGGGGCUGAUCAAGAGACCCGACUCGCCUAAGAUUGACUCAGUACGCCAACGCACCCUCCAGCUUGGUAUCAUGAGUCUGGACCUCAACAGUUGCCAACCCAAGAAAGUGUCGAAAUGCAGUAAGAAGGAGAAUGAAAAACAACAGGAGACCCAUGUGGAAGCUACUGCCGAGGAGACCUCCACCACUGAUGAUGUCAAAACCGGCGCGUGA